AAAAAAGAAAGAAAUUCUAUCACUAAAAAUUUUCAAUCUAUUGAUUAAUUUUCUAAAUUAAAAAAGAAAACAAACUCUUAAUUGCUAAACAAGUUAAUACUCCUUCCUGAUAAAGAAAUUAUGUUCUAAAUUGACAUUAGUCUCAAGUCCUUUCAAGGUGAUUAAGCCUAAUAAAAAAAUUUCAUUUUGUAAAAGUUUUCUGACAUCAUUCCCAUUUCAAUCAUUCCUCUGAGUGAAAACAUUUGGCAAGUAGGAUUUAAUUCUGAAUAAGCAAAGGAGAGCUCUUUGAAUAUUUUAAAAAAUGAUGAAUCCGUUACAAUAAUCAGCGAUUUUGCAAACAUAGAUGAAACAGGCGAGUACGAAAUUAUAUACAAAGAAUAAGAGUAGAAUGCUAUCUAAGAAAAACAAGAAAUAUAAAACAAAGAACUUAAAAUCCCUCAAAGCCAAUAAGAAAAUGUUGCUAAAUCAAGUGAAUCACUGUAAAAUAUGAGCUUCACUUCUGAUGAUGAUGAGAACAGCAAAGAGUAAUCUGAUAAUAAUAACUAACAAAAAAAUAGUCAAAAAAUGGGGUCUUCUCACACAGUAGAGUCUGUUUAGUCAACUGAAGACAUCAAGGAACAUAUCCAAGCCUACGGAAACAAUCUUGAGGCCACAUUAGUUUAAUCUCCUCUAAUUUCAGAAGAAGAAACAGAUGAUACUAGCUAGAAAAUUUAUCAGAAUAUAUCAUAAAUAAAUGUCUCUAAAGAAUAAAGAAAUGCCCUUUAUUCUGCUUUUAACCAAGCAUCUUCUUAUCUAAAGGAAAUUAACAAAAAUUGGGUCUGUGAUGAAUAGCAGAAAAAUGAAGAUUUGUUCAACAAAAACAUACUUUAUAAUCCUAAAUACCAAAUACUAGCUUUAGGAUUAUUUUCUAUUUAUAUCUUUUUCCUUUGA